AUGGCACGAUCAUCGGCCACCAGCUGGGCAGUCCCAGCACGCAUAGCAAGCCUGCUCCUGCUUCCCUUACUCCCCGUCGACGCCUCGGUCGAGGACCCUGGGCUACUCGCCACGCCGCCCAUGGGCUUCAACAACUGGGCGCGCUUCGAGUGCGAUCUCAACGAGACCCUCUUUACCGAGACCGCCCAGUCCAUGAAUCGCCUGAACUUGGAUGACUGCUGGAUGGCGCACGAGCGCGCUGCCAACGGCGCACUGCAGUGGAACACGACCCUGUUUCCACACGGCAUCCCGUGGCUGGCCGACUACGCCCAUCAGCACGGCUUCCACCUGGGUAUCUACGAGGAUUCGGGGAAUGCCACCUGCGGCGGGUACCCGGGCUCGUACGAACAUGAGCAGCAGGAUGCAGAGACCUUUGCGAGCUGGGGCAUUGACUAUCUCAAGCUCGAUGGGUGCAAUGUAUACGCUAAAGAGGGCCGGUCGCUGGCGGAUGAGUACAAGCACCGCUAUGGGCAGUGGCAUCGGAUUCUGAGCGCGAUGUCGCACCCGCUGAUAUUCUCCGAGUCGGCGCCAGCAUACUUCUCUGAAAACAAGACGGAGUGGGCAAGUGUUAUGGACUGGAUCCCGUACUACGGUGAGCUGGCCCGGCAUUCAACCGACAUCCUCGUGUACGUGGGCGAAGGAAGUGCAUGGGAUAGCAUCAUGGUGAACUACGGUUACCAGAUCCUGGUCGCGCGCUACCAGCAGCCCGGAUAUUACAACGACCCGGACUUCCUGAUCCCAGACCACCCUGGCCUGACCGACACCGAGAAGCGCUCGCACUUCGCGCUGUGGGCAUCGUUCGGCGCGCCGCUGAUUAUCAGCGCGUAUAUUCCUGCGCUGUCGGACGAGGAAAUCGAGUACCUGUCGAACAAGGACUUGAUCGCUGUCGACCAGGACCCAUUGGCCCAACAAGCGGCCCUAGUCAGUCGCGAUGGCAACUUCGAUGUGUUGACUCGCUUGCUCGCAAACGGGGACCGGCUGCUCACCGUGCUGAACACCGGCACGAGGUCCGCGAAAACCAGCGUCUCCGUGGCCCGGCUCGGCCUGGAUACAAAAUGCCAGUACAAGGCCCGCGACCUUCUGACUGGUCAGACCUUCUCUAUCCGCGACAGCCUCGCUGUCACACUAGACAGGCACGCCGUUGCUGUCUAUCGCAUUACGCCUGGCCGUGGCUGCACCUCCGUCACCCCGACGGGCAUGAUCUUUAACACUGUUUCAGGGCAUUGCCUCACUGCCUCAUCGUCCGGGGCUACCUUUGCGGCCUGCAGCGCAUCUGAUGCCCAGGUUUGGCGCGUAGCCGGCUCCGGGACCAAGGUGAUCAUGAGCCCGCUCUCGGACGAGUCGAAAUGUCUUGCUGCGAAAGGAUCCGGUGUUGCGCUUGUGGACUGCAAGGGUGGAGCCGGCGCCACAUGGUCGUAUUUUAUCACUGGCCACUUGCAGAAUGCCAAUGGACAAUGCUUGACGGAGGCUAGCGGACAGGAUACGCUGGCAGCUUGUGAGCUGCUCCAGGGUGGGCAGAUCUUGGGACUUCCCAGUGGGGUUCACAUCGUGGCCGGAGAUGGCAAGUAA